UUUCUGUAUUCUAGAAACAUUUCAAACACUAAAUCAUACAGUUUUAUUUACAAGUUAUGUUAGUAUUUUAAUAAUAUUUUAUAAAAAUGCAGCCCUCGGACAGUAAUGCACUAAGAGGCAAAUGUUAAUGUAUUCUUAAAAUACAAUAUAUUAAUUUGAACUAAUGUGGAGAUACAAUAAAUUUCUCUUACGCGCGAACCUAUUUAAAUCAUCUGGUACCAAGACUUUUAGUUGGAUUAAACUUGGCUACCUUGCAACACUGCGACCAGCUGUUUUCCAAACUCCUUCACAUGUUUAUAAGGCGCAAUUUUGUUAUUAUUUAACGUUUUCUGAAUGAGCCAUAGAUAAACCACGAUGUAUCUGAACUAUCUACCGCGGGCGCAAUGGAAGUACCUGCAAUACCUUUUGCAAGUGCGUCAGCUUCAGCUCCUGAGAAGGCAUGUAAGCAUUGGCGAAAGACCGCCCAUACAAACAGCGACCUUGCUGCCGGUAAGAAGACGCUUGCACCUUAUAAAUGGAGAUCUCCAGGAAAAAUUCGACGAAGUACGGGAUCAGGAUUCUCUUCUCACCAGGUUGAAGGAGGCUAAGACGACUGACAAGCUUCUGAAACUGCUGGAAACCAGUGACAGCUUGCAGGGCUUCCAUGCGGCGGAGGGAAUCUCCCUGCUGUGGCAGGCCUAUCAAGGCAUGGAUCAGCAAGAAAAAGAUGCCAUCACAGAACGAGUGCUAAAGGAAGCGCUGCCGAUACUGGGUCCUCAUGUAGACCAUCUGGACGUCAACGAUCUCAGCCGAUGCUACCUGUAUCUGCGCAAAAUGCACAUACAAAAUUGCGAACCGACCGUGGAAGCUGUGCUAACGAGAGCUCUUUAUUUGAUCGAGAGUCAAGUGCAUGGUCAGGUCAUCCCCUUGACGGCUUUGUCCCGCCUAUCGGUGGGAAUAAACUUGGAACGCGACUUUUUUACCCCACUCGUUUGUAAGAACUUUGUCCCCCACCUGGAGCAACACAUAAGUCUAUGCCACAGUGAAGAACAGGUGCGUCUUCUGUCCACGUGCCUCUUUCAGCUGCACUUUCUAAUCGACGAGGAGCUGCUCUUGCACUUUAAGCAGCGAUUGGGUAAACUGCUGGAAAGCGGCGUUUUAAGCAGCAAAACCCCAAAGGCUCUUCUUAAGGUGCUCCACAUGCUAAAUAUUCCAUGGUGGUCACAGCAUCACACCCAAUUGAUUCGGAAGGUCAUGCUGGCUUUGCGACCCUGCAUUCACCAGAUGGAGUCCGGAGACCUAAAGAGCAUGUGCCGCGCAUUUCUGCAUCAUCAGGAGCCUGCUGCACUAAUGGAGCCGCUCAAGAAAGCCACGGAGAAGCUGCUGCAGGAUGAAAGCACGGUUGACGCCCUCUCAUGCGCCGUUCCUUUUGCCACGCCGCUGCAAAGGGAUAAAAAUACGCAGCUUUUUCGGGAGCUAUUGUACUCCGAGAACGCCUGGCUGCUUCCUAAUGCGAGCGGACACUUUUUCAGUGUUCUUCGAGCAUUGAAAAUCUCCGACUUAAGAUUCUGCAACACAUACUGGUCGGGUGUUAUUCGGGAACUGGAUUCCUGCCGGGAGGAGCAGACGCACCUCCGGUUUUUGAGACAUUGCCAGCGCUACAUGAACUUCAAUAAUAACCUGGGAGGAACCUAUCGUCAUUUGGAACUGGAAAGAAAGUUGAGUCGCAUGUGCAUGAGUGCCGUGGAGAAGGACAUAGCGGGCAGGCUGCCGACGAAGUUCGCACGCCUCGCAGCGUUUGUACUGGCCUACGGACAGACUCCGUUAGCCUGGAAAAAGUUCCCCAACAUUCUGCUUAGCAAGAUGCUCGCCAUGGCUCCUCAGUUUGCCAUCCAGGAUUGCUUUCUUCUCAGUCGAGGAAUGCAAAUAGCUUGCGAACUAAGGUUUCGCCAGCAUCUUCCGUCACUUGCUGCCAUGCAGCUGUCCACCAUGGAUAGCAUUCUCAUCAGCUGUGCGGAGAGACACUUGGCCAAUGUCGAAAAGGAUCCGCUGAACGCAAGUGAACUAAGCAUGAUUGUAAGAACACUAAGUCAUCGGAAGACUCUUAAAAAUACGAUGGCUUACAACGGAGCCCUGUUGCAGUAUAAAAACCUUCACUGCAAAGAUCUCAGUUCCCGGGUAGUUCGGGACAUGGCGUACAACUUUAACGCAUCGCAUUUCUUUGUCCCCGAGCUUUUGGAGUCCAUGUUCGGCUACAUUUCCGAACAGCAUGCUCACAUUACCGGCGACACAGUAGAGAAGGUCUUAACCUGUUCCUAUAAUUUAGGGUAUACGCCUUCCUCUCUUGAAGUUUUAAACCAUGCAUCUGGAGUAUUAAUAAGAGACUUUGAACAGAUGAGUGGUUUGUCGAUUGUACAGGCAUGUCUAGCAUUGUGCUUCUACAAAUCAAUACCUGAGCAGCUGAUCAAUCAAGUAUUUUGCGUGAAGUUCAUUCAGCGUAUUGAGGAGGAAAUUCAGGUUUGCUACUCAAAGGCAACUUAUCCGGAGCGGGUCCUUAACCUAGUCAUGCAGCUAAAUCGCACUGUAUGCCUGGAUUUUCCCGAGGCGAAUGUACCCUGGUUUCAGCAGAAUUACAUAGAGGCUCAGAAAAGCAAAAAGUCCUUGCUUCCUAGUGGGUCCAUUGUAGAAGUUAAGCAGAUGCUGCAGAAUAUUUUUCAGAAUGAUAAUCACUUUCGUUGCAAUCACACGACUCCUUACGGCUACCAAAUAGACUUUGUGAUACAUUUCGAUCGAAAUAGAAAACCCGUCCCAGCACCUCCCGUGGAGGCGACGAUGUUGGAUCGUAUAACGAAGGUGGCUAUACUACUGCUUAAAUUUGACUCAUUUUGCGAGAACGAUCUGACUGCCCUGCGGGGUCCUGAAUCUUUGAAGAUGAGACAUCUAGAAAUGAUGGGUUACAAGGUAAUGCAAAUCAACGAACACGACUGGAACUCCAAGUAUAUGGCAUCGUCUGCAGCCAAGGCCAACUACCUUAAGUGCUUGUUAAAAAUUUGCCAUUAGAUUUCGUGUUUGUACGUUUAUUUUAAUUUUCAAAAGUUUAUUAGAUUUAUAGUAAACAAAUUCGGAUAUUGUAAA